GCGAGCGAGAUGGGGGAGCUCUUAUUUUGACAGGGGCCUCUCCGGGCUCUGGUAUGAAGGCAGAAGGAGGCAGCCAGAGAGCCCCGAUGCUUAUUCAGGCUGGGGAGCGGAGCCGAGUGGAGGGGCGAGCGAGGCUCCGGCAGCGCAGGGGACCCCGGGGAGGCGGCGGCGAACGGCGGAGCCAGUGGCCGGACAUGCCCCGGACUCGGGGCCGCUGCACCACCGCCGCUGCCUGGAGCCAGCCGGCCGGACGCCCGCACGCCUGGGUCCCCCGGCGCCGCGCCGCCCGGGGACUGCGACCCGGACCCUCGGCGUCCGACCAACAAUAAGCGCCCAGACAGCCCCCUCCCCGCCCCACGCCCGCCGUCCCCGCGGGCCUCGGGAAAAGUGAAAGGAGGAGGCGAAGGAAGGAAGGAAGGAAGGAAGGAAGGAAGGAAGGAAGGAAGGAAGGAAGGAAGGAAGGAAGGAAGGAAGGAAGGAAGGGAGGAGGAGCAGGAGCCGGAGCCGUGAGGUUCGGGGCUGAGACCCCAGCCCUGAGCCCCGGGCCGGGCGGGUGUGCGCGCUCUCCCGCCGCUGCCCGGCGCCCAAGACCAUGCUCCGCGGUUGGAAAGCAGGAACCCAGGCGCCCAGCGACCCCCGGAUACCCACUCCCGGGCCGGGCUGGUAUUGAGAUCAAGGCGUCCAGGAUCAAAAGAUCACCACCUGCCCGCCCUCCUCCGCACCUCCAACUGGCGAGCAGGAGGACCCCAAUCCACCCACCGACCCUGACCUGGUCAUGGCGUCCAACUCCGGCCUGGCGUGAGGACCCCCGACCCGCGCGAGGGAGCCCCAGCCCAGAUCACACCCUUGAGCCUGAGCCCGACACGCAUUAUCCUGAGUCCCUGCUCCAGUACCGAGUACCUCGCUGGGCCCUGGGCACGCACAGGGGCCGUAGCCCCACUGUGUGUGGGAACCAUGAGGAUCCUGGCUAACAAGACAAGGUUACCCCACCCUAGGAGGAGAGAAGCUCCAGGGAGCCCGCCGCUGUCCCCCCGCGGCCACUGCCCCCCUGCCCCAGCCAAGCCAAUGCACCCAGAAAAUAAGUUGACCAAUCAUGGCAAGACAGGGAAUGGCGGGGCCCAAUCCCAGCACCAGAAUGUGAACCAAGGACCCACCUGCAACCUGGGCUCGAAGGGCGUGGGGGCGGGGAACCAUGGGGCCAAGGCCAACCAGAUAUCACCUAGCAACUCAAGUCUGAAGAACCCCCAGGCAGGGGUGCCCCCUUUCAGCUCGCUCAAGGGCAAAGUGAAGAGGGAGCGGAGCGUGUCUGUGGACUCCGGAGAGCAGCGAGAGGCUGGGACACCGUCCCUGGAUUCGGAGGCCAAAGAAGUGGCACCCCGGAGUAAGCGGCGUUGUGUGCUGGAGCGGAAGCAGCCAUACAGUGGGGACGAAUGGUGCUCAGGACCGGACAGCGAGGAGGAUGACAAGCCCAUUGGGGCCACCCACAAUUGUAAUGUAGCAGACCCAGCCAUGGCGGCCCCACAGCUGGGUCCUGGCCAAGCCGCCCAACUGCCCCUCAGUGAGAGCAGCGCACCAGGCCCCCCGCACGGGCCCCCGCCAGGCCUCCGGCCCGACGCCCCUGGGGGUGGAGGCGGGGGUGUCCCGGGAAAGCCUCCCUCACAGUUUGUGUAUGUCUUCACCACCCACCUGGCCAACACGGCUGCAGAGGCAGUGCUGCAGGGCCGGGCCGACUCCAUCCUCGCCUACCACCAGCAGAACGUGCCCCGUGCCAAGCUGGACCAGGCCCCCAAAGUGCCACCCACCCCAGAACCGCUACCCCUGAGCACGCCAUCAACAGGCACCCCUCAGUCCCAGCCUCCUCCACUGCCGCCACCGCCACCCCCAGCCCCAGGCAGCGCCCCCCCUGCUCUGCCUUCCGAGGGGCCUCCUGAGGACACCAGUCAGGACCUGACACCCAACUCGGUGGGAGCUGCCAGCACGGGUGGUGGCACUGGGGGUACCCACCCUAAUACCCCUACAGCUUCCACCGCCAACAACCCGCUGCCUCCUGGAGGAGACCCCAGCAGCGCUCCCGGCCCUGCCCUGCUUGGGGAGGCCCCCACCGGCAAUGGGCAGCGGAGCCUGGUGGGCUCAGAGGGCCUGUCCAAGGAGCAGCUGGAACAUCGGGAGCGCUCCCUCCAGACGCUUCGAGACAUUGAACGGCUGCUGCUGCGCAGCGGGGAGACUGAGCCCUUCCUCAAGGGGCCCCCCGGAGGAGCAGGCGAGGGGGGACCACCAGCACAAGCCCCUCCUGCCCCCCAGCAGCCACCCACAGCCCCGGCCAGCGGGCUGAAGAAGUACGAGGAGCCCUUGCAGUCCAUGAUUUCGCAGACACAGAGCCUCGGGGGCCCCCCGCUGGAGCAUGAAGUGCCUGGGCACCCCCCGGGUGGGGACAUGGGGCAGCAGAUGAACAUGAUGAUGCAGAGGCUGGGCCAGGACAGCUUGACACCUGAGCAGGUGGCUUGGCGCAAGCUGCAGGAAGAGUACUACGAGGAGAAACGGCGGAAGGAGGAGCAGAUCGGGCUGCACGGGGGCCGCCCGCUGCAGGACAUGAUGGGCAUGGGGGGCGUGAUGGUGAGGGGACCACCGCCUCCCUACCACAGCAAGCCUGGCGAUCAGUGGCCCCCAGGGAUGGGAGCCCAGCUGCGGGGGCCCAUGGAUGUCCAAGAUCCCAUGCAGCUCCGGGGUGGACCACCCUUCCCUGGACCCCGUUUCCCAGGCAACCAGAUGCAACGGGUGUCUGGGUUUGGGGGUAUACAGGGUAUGCCCAUGGAGGUGCCCAUGAAUGCCAUGCAGAGGCCUGUGAGGCCGGGUAUGGGCUGGACUGAAGACUUGCCCCCUAUGGGGGGGCCUGGCAAUUUUGCCCAGAAUGCGGUGCCCUACCCAGGCGGGCAGGGUGAAGCCGAGCGAUUUAUGACCCCUCGGGUUCGUGAGGAGCUGCUGCGACACCAGCUGCUGGAGAAGCGGUCGUUGGGCAUGCAGCGCCCCCUGGGCAUGGCCGGCAGCGGCAUGGGGCAGGGCAUGGAGGUGGAACGGAUGAUGCAGGCGCACCGGCAGAUGGAUCCGGCCAUGUUCCCCGGGCAGAUAGCUGGCGGCGAGGGCCUGGCGGGCACUCCCAUGGGCAUGGAGUUUGGUGGAGGUCGGGGCCUCCUGAGUCCCCCCAUGGGGCAGUCUGGGCUGAGGGAGGUGGACCCACCCAUGGGGCCAGGCAACCUCAACAUGAACAUGAAUGUGAACAUGAACAUGAACAUGAACCUGAAUGUGCAGAUGACCCCACAGCAGCAGAUGCUGAUGUCGCAGAAGAUGCGGGGCCCCGGGGACAUGAUGGGGCCGCAGGGCCUCAGUCCCGAGGAGAUGGCCCGGGUGCGGGCCCAGAACAGCAGCGGCAUGAUGGGCGGCCCGCAGAAGAUGCUUAUGCCCUCACAGUUUCCCAGCCAGGGCCAGCAGGGAUUCUCUGGGGGCCAGGCACCCUACCAAGCCAUGCCCCAGGAAAUGGGUAAUACUCAAGACAUGUUCAGCCCCGACCAGAGCUCAAUGCCCAUGGCAAACGUGGGUACCACCCGGCUCAGCCACAUGCCCCUGCCUCCUGCGUCCAAUCCGCCUGGCUCUGUACAUUCAGCCCCAAACCGGGGGCUGGGCAGACGGCCUUCAGACCUCACCAUCAGUAUUAAUCAGAUGGGCUCACCGGGCAUGGGGCAUCUGAAGUCGCCCACCCUUAGCCAGGUACACUCACCCCUGGUCACCUCGCCCUCCGCCAACCUCAAGUCACCCCAGACUCCCUCACAGAUGGUGCCCUUGCCUUCGGCCAACCCGCCAGGACCUCUCAAGUCACCCCAGGUCCUCAGCUCCUCUCUCAGCGUCCGUUCGCCCACCGGCUCGCCCAGCAGGCUUAAGUCUCCCUCCAUGGCGGUGCCUUCUCCAGGCUGGGUCGCCUCGCCCAAGACAGCCAUGCCCAGCCCCGGCGUGCCCCAGAACAAGCAGCCGCCUCUGAACAUGAACUCUUCCAGCACCCUGGGCAACGUGGAACAGAGUGCCCUCCCGCCUAGCGGCCCCCGGAGCAGCUCUUCAGCGCCUCCCGCCAACCCUCCCAGCGGCCUCAUGAACCCCAGCCUGCCAUUCACUUCCUCCCCAGACCCCACGCCUUCCCAGAACCCCCUGUCACUGAUGAUGUCCCAGAUGUCCAAGUACGCCAUGCCCAGCUCCACCCCGCUCUACCACAAUGCCAUCAAGACCAUCGCCACCUCAGACGACGAGCUGCUGCCCGAUCGGCCCCUGCUCCCCCCGCCACCACCACCACCGCAGGGCUCUGGGCCAGGGAUCAGCAAUAACCAGCCCACCCAGAUGCACCUGAACUCAGCUGCUGCCCAGAGCCCCAUGGGCAUGAACCUGCCAGGCCAGCAGCCCCUGUCCCAUGACCCCCCACCUACCAUGUUGCCCUCCCCCACCCCUCUGGGCUCCAACAUUCCACUGCACCCCAAUGCACAGGGGACAGGAGGGCCCCCUCAGAACUCAAUGAUGAUGGCUCCAGGGGGCCCAGACUCCCUGAAUGCCCCCUGCGGCCCUGUUCCCAACUCCUCCCAGAUGCUGCCCUUCCCCCCUCGGCUGCAGCAGCCCCAUGGUGCCAUGGCCCCUAGUGGGGGCGGGGGCGGGGGACCCGGCCUGCAGCAGCACUACCCUUCAGGCAUGGCCCUGCCCCCAGAGGACCUGCCCAGCCAGCCACCAGGCCCCCUGCCCCCCCAGCAGCACCUGAUGGGCAAAAGCAUGGCCGGCCGCAUGGGCGACGCGUACCCCCCAGGCGUGCUCCCCGGGGUGGCGUCAGUGCUGAACGACCCUGAGCUGAGCGAGGUGAUCCGGCCCACCCCGACGGGGAUCCCUGAGUUCGACUUGUCCAGGAUCAUCCCCUCGGAGAAGCCAAGCAGCACCCUCCAGUACUUCCCCAAGAGCGAGAACCAGCCCCCCAAGGCCCAGCCCCCCAAUCUGCAUCUCAUGAACCUGCAGAACAUGAUGGCGGAGCAGACCCCCUCCCGGCCCCCCAACCUCCCGGGCCAGCAGGGCGUCCAGCGGGGGCUCAACAUGUCCAUGUGCCACCCCGGACAGAUGUCCUUGCUGGGCAGGACAGGUGUGCCCUCACAGCAGGGCAUGGUGCCCCAUGGCCUGCACCAGGGGGUCAUGGCCCCUCCACAAGGCCUCAUGACCCAGCAGAAUUUCAUGCUGAUGAAGCAGCGGGGCGUGGGCGGUGAGGUCUACAGCCAGCCCCCCCACAUGCUCCCUCCCCAGGGCUCUCUCAUGGGCCCCCCGCCCCAGCAGAACCUCAUGGUGUCCCACCCGCUGCGGCAGCGCAGUGUGUCUCUGGACAGCCAGAUGGGCUACCUCCCGGCGCCGGGUGGCAUGGCCAACCUGCCCUUCUAGCAGUCCCCGUAGGGGGCUGGAGCUGGGCCGAUACUGCAAAUAGGAUAACCUUAAGAAAGUUUCUUCCCCUUCGGUGUUGGGAUGGCCUGGGUCAAGGGGUGGGUUGGAGGGGGUGGGAGGGGGCUUGUGUGGGGAGUGGCAUUUGUGGAAACCAGAUGUGCUGGCAGCUUAGGGGGAAGUGGCAGAGUGGGGUGAGGGAUUUGGGAUGGGGGUUGGUCCCAUUUCGGCCACCAGGACUGCCCUUCCCCCCCCCCCCCCCCCCCCCCCCC